GGUCACAUCGCCCCUCAGUAUCCUAUAUACUGUCCUUCAGCUCAUCCAGUACAUCACAGUGUCUCAGGUUGAGCCGACGCCCUCUGGCUGCUCUCCGUGGAGCUGCAGCCUCUCCGGCUCUCAGUCUUUCAGCUUCUCCUCCCUGAAGCUCCCUCUCUUUCAUGUCACUAGUGCUUUCACUACUUGUAUGUGCAGAGAGACGCAGCCAGCCUCCUUUUCCUCGUGAUGACGCCACCGAGGCUGGACUCAGAGGGCUCCGAUCAUAAUAUUUAACACACAGACACCAGCCCACCUCUGGAUGAACACUUGGAAGGAAGACAAGGCGGUGGAAUGACAACCGGGAUCUCUGCACCUGCACCUGCCAGCCAGUCUCCGGUCUGACUCUAACGAGGCUGCAUCCGAGCAUCUCACCGGAUCACCUGUUAUAAUAUAUUUUUAUUAUGGGAUUUUUCACUUUUUUUUUUUUUUUUUUUUAAUCAGCAUAAAUACAAGGAAGGCUGUUUGAGUGGAUCAAUCUCUAAUGUUACUUUUCUUCAGUUUUGUGACACAUUUUGACACUCCUCUGGCACAAGGAUGCAGAUUUGAUGAAGAAUAUUUUUUAACAGGACCCCUCCUCUUCAUCCUCCUCCUCUUCCUCCUCCCUGUUACCUCUUCUUAACCUGAUAUCUGCUCAACAAGGCAAUGAAUGAAGUGUUGAGCUGCUGCCAGUGAAGUGUCCAAGAGCUCCCCACCUGUCUGGGAAUGAAGAAUCUGGACUAUUAUAAUAAACAAUAAAGACAUGCAUGAUGGAGUUGUUAGGCUGACACACAUUAAUGCAUGUGCAAUGAUCAGAGUGCAUCUUAAACGCUGCUUUGUCAUCGUGUUGGACAUCUAAGGUGCGCUUAAAAGCUUAUUCUCUGCAUAAAAGAAAGCAUAUAUAUGAAGAUGAUUUUGUUUCGUAAAUUCAGAGUGUUGAUACUCAUGGUGUUUUUGGUAGCGUGCACCAUGCACAUCAUGAUAGACUUGCUGCCGAAGCUGGAGAAGCGAGCGGACGGUGGAGGAGAGAGCGGCUGUCAGUGCGCUCAGCAGCCGGGCGAGGAGGCGCAGGGCUGGGGGAAGAAGCACCGCGGCAGGUCGGCGGCCGGAGCUGGAGCCGGCUGGCCUAACAAACACACGCUGAGAAUCCUGCAGGAUUUCAGCAACGAGCCGAGCUCCAACCUCACGUCGCACUCCUCUCUGGAGAAGAUCACAGCUGCAGCAGCAGGAGCAGGAGGAGGAGACAGAGGAGUGGAGACCUCCAGGCGGAUGGGACCGUCGCUGGAGGAAAACAAGCCGCUCAUGGGAGACUCUAGCCGGGGUCGCACCGUGCCUGCUCUCGGUGGUGCCUCCCGGUUGUCUGCUCUGUUCGAGCAUCCUUUCUACAAGGUCGACCUUCCAUCCCUCUCGAAUGAUGACACUUUGUUCAACGUCAACACGGACAUCAGGUUUUACCCCAGAGCAACAGGGAACCAAGCUGGAUGGCACAAUGAGGAGGGGAACGAAGAGGAGGAGGAGUUCUCUCCUACCGGAGAGGUGACGGCUGAGUCUUACCCCAACUGGUUACGUUUCCACAUCGGCAUCAACCGCUACGAGCUGUACUCCAGACACAGUCUGGCUCUGGACGCCCUGCUGAAGGACCUGGUCACACAGAGGAUCACCAGCGUGGCCAUGAAAUCAGGAGGCACCCAGCUGAAGUUGAUCAUGACUUUCCAGAACUACGGACAAGCUCUGUUCAAGCCCAUGAAGCAGACCCGGGAACAGGAAACCCCUCCAGACUUCUUCUACUUCUCCGACUUUGAGCGGCACAACGCCGAGAUCGCCGCUUUUCACUUGGACAGGAUCCUUGACUUUCGGAGAGUUCCCCCGGUGGCAGGGCGACUCGUCAACAUGACGAGGGAGAUCAGGGAUGUGACGCGUGAUAAGAAACUGUGGAGGACCUUCUUCAUCUCACCAGCCAACAACAUCUGCUUCUACGGCGAGUGCUCGUACUACUGCUCCACGGAGCACGCUCUGUGCGGUAAACCAGAUCAGAUCGAAGGCUCGCUAGCAGCCUUCCUGCCGGACCUGAACCUGGCCAAACGCAAGACCUGGAGGAACCCCUGGAGACGCUCCUACCACAAACGCAAGAAAGCAGAGUGGGAGGUGGACCCAGACUACUGUGACGAGGUGAAGCAGACUCCUCCGUACGACCGAGGCACUAGACUGCUGGACGUCAUGGACAUGACCAUCUUUGACUUCUUAAUGGGUAACAUGGAUCGACAUCAUUAUGAAACGUUUGAGAAGUUUGGAAAUGACACCUUCAUUAUUCACCUGGACAACGGAAGAGGGUUUGGAAAACACUCCCAUGAUGAGCUGUCCAUCCUGGUUCCUCUCAGCCAGUGCUGCAGGGUGAGGAAAUCGACCUACCUGCGUCUCCAGCUGCUGGCCAAAGAGGAGUACCAGCUGAGCUCCCUGAUGGAGGAGUCGCUGCUCCGCGACCGACUGUCCCCGAUCCUCAUCCAGCGCCACCUCCAGGCCCUGGACCGCAGGCUCCGGCUGGUGCUGCAGGUCCUGGCGGGCUGCAUAGAGAAAGAAGGUCUCAUUAACGUCAUGGAGGAAGAUGUAGUCGGGGACACGGCCACCCACCACCACAGGAGCACCGGCCACAGGUAGUGAGGGGCGAGACUCGAGGGUGACAGAAACCCGCCGUGGAAUAAUGGACCGCGUCCUUGGGGCUGUUCGACCAAUGGGAUUACACCAAAAGGUCCCUCGUCCGGUAUCAAGCUGAAUUCAGUGAAUUCCAAGACUUGCCAUCAUUGCCUCUCUGGAAACUGCUUUUACGUGUGUUUAUAUAGAAGAAACUGUCCACAGAUGCCAUGACAGACUCACACAGAGGCUUUGUAUUGUUAGAUACAGAUGUAUUUUUGUUGUAUGAGACACAAAAGGAACCACUGCUGUGUUCUGAUUGUGUCCUGUUUGUUUUGAAUAUGGAGGGUUUAUGUGUUUUAUUAUAUAACCAAAUGAGAACGUACAGUACUCUGACUGGGCGCAGCAGAUGGUCAGACAAUAAGCUUUAUCAGUUGUCACGAUGUAUGAAGAAGUUGAGAAAGUGUGUGUGUUAUUUUUUUUCUUUUUUGUACAACAUGUCAGGCUUGGCACAAACAACCUACAACCAGGAGAGAAGUUUCCCAACACAGCGUGUUCUCUUUAUCUCGAUCUUUAUAAGCUUUUUUUUGUCUUGGCACAAACCGAUUGAAAAUGUUACCACAUACUUCUGAACAGCAUAAAUAAUCUGAGUGCAAGUAUAUUUGACACUGUAGUUCAAACCUUCACUUUGCCUUAUUCUGAUUUUGUGUCUUUUUUUUCUUCUUUUUACUUUGCCAUCUCAACAUGCAGUACGACAACACAACAC